CUCAAAGCAGUUUUUAGCGCGACCAAGGCUGCAUCCGAGACCACAGAGUCCACCACCGCCAAAUCCCCCUCCACCAGGACCACAUGAGUCAUCUUCUGCUGGAGUUGAUGUGGGUACAAGAAGUUCUUCGUCUACUACUUGCGGUAACAGCAGCACGGAGGACGCAGUACAUGUGUCAACUUCUU